AUGAAGUUAGGAUUGUUUCCAUUGGUUGGUUCGGCGAAAAACAAGUUCAGAAUACCCAAGGACAAGAUCAAACUAGAAGACUCCCCUUUGCUUGCAACGUUCGACAAGUGGAUCGGAAUACGAAAAGCACUUUCUCCAAACCUAAAGAUUAAAGAUGCUUAUCCCAGUCUGGAAAACAAUAUCUUUGCCAAGAUACUAAGUUCACCAUCACGAUCUGCUCGAACCGCACAUACGAACUCUCGUAUACCGCGAGACCUGCUGAUACCUUUCAUGGUGAAGGCAUCUCCUACAGAUCCUACCAAGCAAUUAUUGAUACCAUCAUUACUAGAGAAAGACUCCACCAAUGUGAAGUAUGCGUUUGGUUUGAUGGAGAUUCUGGGUAGGUUUCAGCAUAAACAAGCAUGGAAAAGAUUGGUGCCGAGGCUGUCGAGCGAUCACAGGGGAACGCCUGAUGUCAGUUGGUUAUCCUCAACACCUUCGGUAGUGAAAGAGAUCUAUAAGAACAAUGUUUCGAAGGACAUACAGGAUUUGAGGUUCUCCACAGAAAAAUGGUUUUUCAAGAGAUUUCCCGAAAAACGAAAGUGUGUGGUUGCGUUGAACUUCUCUUCGGAGGAUUCCAAGCCUUACAGACUGAAAAGUAUCAAGGAUCGCCGUGUUUUUGUUCUGAACGUUGCUUUAUAUCUGGAAACCGACUUGCUGGAGCAAUUGAGCUCCGCUGUAAACUCUCCAAACGAAGUUUAUCUUGAUUUGGUGAACGAGGGUUGUUUCGAGCUGGUAAAGCAUCUCUACUUACUUGCAGUGUAUGAUCGUUAG